AGAUUCUUGAUAGGUAAGUUAGUACGGUUAUAAAUAGGUGAAGUUUUUAUAGAGUUAAGUAUGAGAAAAAUAUGUAGAAGAAUUGUAGGGUUUUAUUGAGCGGACACCUUAUAGUAGAGGAGAGUGAGAGCGUUCUUAUAGGUGUGUAUGUGUGAAUGUUUGUAAGUGGAGUAGAGGAGAUUGAGAGAGUUCACACAUGUACGAUGAUUGUUUUGUUUAGGUGAAUUAGAAGAGAUUUAGAUGGUCCACAUAUGUAUGGUUGCGCAUGGUUAUGUGUUUAUUUGAGUUAAAAAUAUUCCAUAGGAUUAGAGAGAACGAGAGAGUCUAUUAUUAUUGUUUGGGAUUGAGUAUUGAGGAUUUGUAUAUUUGUAAAGAUCUACAACUAUUAGAUUGUUUUUCUCAUUUGUGAAUGUAAAUUGAUUGGAUUAAAGCACCUAAAUUAUUUUUUUAUGUGAUUGAUUGAUUACUUAAAUUUGAUUCCACUAAUGUGGAUGUUUAAUUGAAUUGAAAGCGUUUUAUUAAAAUCUAAUAACUGGUAUUAGUUAGAUGUCAUCUUCAAGAGAACUAAUAACCAAAGAUGUUCAAUGGGAUGCAUAGUAGAUAUAACAUGAAUCAUACGAAAGUAGAUGAGUGAUUAAUAGUGAAUUAAUCACCCUAAGUUAUUGGAGAGAAUGUUUUAUUGAUUUUUUAUAAGCAUUAACUCAAAAAAGCCUUGAUCACUGAUUUAAGAUUUUGAAAGAGUUUUAAAUUUCAUUUAUAGAGUUAAUAUCUUUGAGCUCAAGAACUAACAUGGUUCAAUGUGCCUGGAGUAGAUGUUUAAUUAUAUAUCAUGUCUCAUUGAGAUUUCAAAUGCUAAAACGAUUGGAUAAUGUUGAGAGAUUAUGUACGCAAAGGUUUGUUACAUGUUAUUGAUUAAUUGAAAAAUAAAUGAUAAAUGCAAAAGUGUUCGAUUCACGUAAUCUUAACUAAAUACGGAUUACAAAUUCAAAGGGGUCCUAAAUAAAGGUGGUAAAGGUGGCAAUUGGGUCUAGAAAAAUUCGAAGUUAUUUUAGUUUUUGAUAGUUUCGGUUUGGAUUUUUUUUAAUCCAAAUUAUUUUGUUUGAAAGUUAAAUUAAUUAAUUUUAAAUUAUUUCAGAUUAAUCUUCGAUCUUUUAUAUUUCAAUCAUUUUAGAUUCGAAUUUAUUGGAGUUUGAGUUGAACACGUCUGAAUUAUUGGCAAUCGAUCAAAUUGAAUUUGAUUGGGUUUGGGUGGAUUGGAUGGGUGUUUUAGGUUUAAGUAAACUUUCUCUGACUCUUAGAUAUCUUAUUCUUGGAACUUCGGUGUAGCCAUUACAAUUCGACCACGUGGCAAUGGCCUUAUCAUGAACAAAGAUGAACAAAAUACUCGGGAACACGAACAAAAACAGAUCAUUUACCGGCACUCACCAGAAUUAAUAUCCUAACUCAGAUUUUCUUGUAAGAGACCAAACAUGUCCGUUGGGUCAUUAUCUCAACGAGGUUUCCUAACCAACGCUAUUAAAUUUACUCACAAACCCAAAUCUAAGCCUCUCAAUUCUCCUGCUUUUAUCUCUUGCAGAUUCCAGUCUGAUGACCACAAAGAUUCUGCCUGGAGAAAUGAGAAGCAGAUUGCAAAGCUAGCAAUAGUGACACUGGCAGCUGGGGUCUUGACUCUGGGCUCAGUUGCUGAUGCAUCAGCUGCCAAGACUGGUGGUAGAGUUGGUGGUCAAGCGUUCCGGUCAUCAGCUCCUCGCUCAGCCCCAAGAGCCAACAGCAAUUCAAGGACCAAUAUAUAUAUCAAUCCACCAGUCACCCCACCUCUGGUUGGAGGGUAUGGAUAUGGUUUCGGUGUGUCGCCAUUUUCCUUCUUUGCCCCUGGUCCCAGUGUUGUAAUUGGUGUUGGAGUUGGAUUCGAAACUGUUGUCUUCUUUUUGUUUCUUGGUGCUGUUGCAGCUGUUGUGAGGAGAUUCCUUGGAUCAAGAGAUGAAGACGAUUAUUAGUAAAUAGAAAGGCAACAAAACAUUUUGAAACUUUGGUAAAAUGAUUAAUAGAGAUGUUCUAUUAACAUACCAGUAUCCACUGUUGUAUUUAACUGUGAAAAUAUAAUGUAUAAUUUGAUGAACUUCCAUGAAUGAUGCAGCCUCCCACUUUGGAAUUCUCAAAAUGAAAGGAAAAAAGAGG